AUUCUGGCUGUGACAGAUUUUUCCCAUCUCUUUGAUUCAUCCCAGUACACAACAACACACUGCUAGUUCUCUUUCUGUGGGAUUUCAGGCGCUGCGGUAUGAACGCAACGACCGGGACCCAGUCUGUUUCGAUAGCGAUGAUGCAUGCCGUGAAUAGUUUUUUAAAGCCCAAGUAAAUGCGCAAAUAGUGUCUCUUUAAAAAUAAAAGAGGAAGACGGCGGGACGGAUUGGGAACGCGCGCUGUGGCGUUCUCCUUCUGUUCACCUAGAGUAAGUAGCUUUGUAUAUUUUAAAACUGAAACAUUGAACACUGAACUCCACGGAUUGCACGAUGUGUUCGCUAUAUAAGACAGAGCUAAUGGGGAGAUCGCACAGUCGGACACAAAGCUAGUGCGCUCAAGACCAGACAGUCAUCUUCCCUCGUGUUGGUGACUCUGUACUGUCGUAUUGGAUGCAGCUUAACAAGCAGAAGAAGAGAAAGAAACGAUUUCUCUCGCUCCAGUGGACUAGAUUGUGUCCGGAAUGAUGAAAAAGUGAACUUGAAUAGUUCCAGAAACCAAAGAAAGACGUGAGACGAGGGAGAUACAUUUUUUUGGGAGACUUUAGGUGGAAGUAGGCACCAGCGUUGACCGCGUGGCGUCGUUGGUCAGGUAAGAAAUCCGGUCUCCCUGUAGGAUGACCAGCCUUUUCCGACGCAGCAGCAGUAAUGGAGGGUCUCGGGGCUCAGAUACAGGUGAGCUCAACAACUCCAGGCCCAAUCGGCAAGUUCGACGGCUGGAGUUCAACCAGGCCAUGGAGGACUUUAAAACCAUGUUCCCUAGCAUGGACUAUGAGGUGAUUGAGUGCGUACUGCGCUCCAACAAUGGGGCUGUGGAUGCCACCAUCGACCAACUCCUGCAGAUGAGCAUUGACGGACAAGACUCAGAUGAUAGUUCGGAUUCAGAUGACAGCAUCCCACCAGAGAUUCUUGAGCGGACCCUCGAGCCAGACAGCUCAGAUGAAGAGCCGCCCCCUGUCUACUCACCACCAACAUAUGCCAUGCACAUAUAUGACAGGAAAUACCCAGAUGCUCCUCCAGUUCCUCCACCCAGAUUUGAGGCCCAACCUCCCCUUGGACACAGACAAGUGCAAGGUUACAAAAACUGGAACCCACCAUUACUUGGCAAUCUGCCUGACGACUUCCUGCGAAUCCUGCCCCAACAGUUGGACAGUAUACAGGGCUCUCAGAGUAGCAUCUCCAAGCCCCCCUCCUCCUCAGUACCCCAGAAGGUCCCCACUGUGGCGUCCGUCACAGGAACAGGCGGUACUUCAGAGCAGGAACGCAAACUGAAGCAAUAUUUAGAGGAUGAGCGUAUUGCACUUUUCCUGCAGAAUGAAGAGUUCAUGAAGGAGCUGCAAAGGAACCGAGAGUUCCUCAUUGCACUGGAAAGAGAUCGAUUGAAAUACGAGUCAAAGAAAUCCAAAUCCAGUCAUUCAUCAGCUAGCAUGGAGAACUCCACAGGUGACCAUUAUGCUUCGGGAUCUGUAGAGACCUGCACAGCAGUCUCAGAUGACGCUCUGUUUAGAGACAAGCUUAAGCACAUGGGGAAGUCAACCAGGAAGAAGCUGUUUGAAAUUGCCCGAGGGUUCUCAGAGAAGACGAAGCGGAGGAAGUCUAAAAGAAGAACGCUGCUACGGCAUCAUUCAUUGGGCACAGCCAACUCCACUGCCAACCUCCUAGAUGAUGUGGAAGGAAACCCAUGUGAUGAAGAAAGUCAGCUUAGACGAUUGGCUGCACAGGAAGAGGAGGAGCCACAUAAGGAACCACUAUCAUGAUCCCUCUGUGCUCUUGGGAAAUUAGGGUUUCCAUGGUGACCUCAGAAUGACCCAUGGCUGAUAGCUCCUUAUCUCAGUGGCUCCAGUGCUUAGCUCAGUGGCAGGCAAUUGCAGACUCCAGAGGACCAGUCGAGGCUGGACUGCGUGAUCAUUUUGUAGCAGCCUUUUGCGAGCCUAAGAUCAUUGUUACCUACAUUUGAUUACUAUUAUAAUUAUUGUACUGUAACUGUUUGUUAAUAUUUGGUUUCAUAUGUAAUACUCAACAGCUAUAGUACUGAUCUUCAACUAUGUAUUUUUCUUUUUUUAUCCUAAACCAUCUGAAACAAAAUUCCCUUUUGGGUUUUUUUUGUUUGUUUGUUUUUUUGUUUUUGUAUCUAUAUAAUUAACCUGAGGAAUUUAAAUACACAGAUAUUUGAUUUGUUUAUUACUGUCCACAGUUAACGGUCAGUCAUUUCAGCAUAUUAGUAUAGAACACUUUUAUUUUUAAUAGACUUUCGGAGUCUAAUCUGCACAUUAUUCAUCAACGGCAUUUCCUCAAAGAAUGUACCCAGAUCAUCACGUCCAUUAUUUACUCAUAAACCUUUCUUUAUCAUUGCAUAAUAAAAAAAAUUUAGUCUGUUGUGAUUUUAGGGUGCUGAAUAGUCCAUUUCCAUACAACUUCUUCAUAGUUAAAUUCAGAUGAGAUGUCCCUCUUUAAGACUGAGGCAAUGCACAUCUUCUAUGUAAUACAUCUUCGAUUUCCAAAAUUUGA